GGAUAUGGGGAGUAGGGAAAUCUGGGGUAUAUAAACCGGACGAAGGAUCCUUCAGUCCGUUUGAUUUUCAGUAUCAUUCUCAUCCUCUCAACAUCUCCUCUCAUACCAUCAUUCCUCAAUCUCUUUGGGUUUCAGUUGCAUCUAUCACAAUGAAGGUUGAAGAUUCCUCCUCCAACUCCAGCAUGGCCAUUACCAUAACUGUCGAAAAGGAUGGCUUUUACGAGGUCAAUGGCACCCGUCAAGAGCCUACUGUCUCGCUGCACAUGCUGGCCGGCGCAUCCAAGCUGCGCCGUCAGCUGCGGGAUACCAACGAAUUGAUCGUGUGUCCUGGUGUGUACGACGGCCUGUCGGCUCGGGUUGCCAUGGAAGUUGGCUUCAAGGCUCUCUACAUGACCGGCGCCGGAACCACGGCUUCUAGACUCGGCAUGGCAGAUCUCGGUCUGGCUCAGCUGUAUGACAUGCGCACCAAUGCCGAGAUGAUUGCCAACUUGGAUCCCUACGGUCCUCCCCUGAUUGCAGACAUGGACACUGGCUAUGGCGGCCCCUUGAUGGUCUCCAAGUCCGUCCAGCAAUACAUCUCCGCCGGCGUCGCCGGGUUCCACAUCGAAGACCAGAUCCAGAACAAGCGAUGCGGCCACCUGGCUGGCAAGCGCGUCGUCGACAUCGAAGAAUACCUGACCCGUAUCCGCGCCGCCAAGUUGACCAAGGACCGCCUGCACUCGGACAUUGUCCUGAUUGCACGCACCGACGCGCUGCAGCAGCACGGCUACGACGAGUGCAUCAAGCGUCUCAAGGCGGCGCGCGACCUGGGCGCCGACGUGGGUCUCCUGGAGGGAUUCACGUCCAAGGAACAAGCCCGACAGGCGGUGCAGGAUCUCGCGCCGUGGCCGCUGCUGCUGAACAUGGUGGAGAACGGCGCGGGGCCGGUCAUCACCACCAAGGAAGCCCAGCAGAUGGGCUUCCGCAUUAUGAUCUUCUCGUUUGCUUCGUUAGCUCCGGCCUACCUGGGCAUUAAGGGGGCGUUGGAGCGUCUGAAGACCGACGGGAUCACGGGCAUUCCGGACGGACUGGGGCCGAAGAAGAUCUUCGAGGUUUGUGGGUUGAUGGAUUCGGUUCGCAUUGAUACGGAUGCUGGUGGAAGUGGGUUUAAGAAUGGGGUUUAGUUGAUUGCUGGUUUUGUUUUCAUAUAUUGCUGUCUCUUUUUCUUUUCUUUUGCCUCUGCCUGCUUGUUUUCUUUCUUUCGGUGCAUCUCAUUUCCAAUUUCCUAUACUACUACGUCCCUACUGCACUCCCCAUUCCCCCGCCUAGAUAUUACUUCACAGAUUGAACCAGAAAUGAG